CGCUGCGCUCGCGCCCGCUCUCGGCCGCGGCCAGGUCCCUAUUGGCUACAGUUUCUCCUCCCCGUCAGUCCUCCGCUGAUUGGACGGACGGCUUCUCCCCCCCCCCCUCCCCGGUUUCGUUCCUCUCCCUCCGCGGCACCGACAGCAUGAGAGCGGCGUGCGGCGCGAGAGACGCCGCGCGGCGCGGAUAGAAGCGGAGAGGACGGAGCUGAGAGAGACCCGGGACAAGUUAUUGGAACAGAGGAAGCCGGGAGCGCUGGCGCGGGUAGGUGUUUGGAGAAGAGCGGACCACUGGGUGUGUGUUUGAGUGAUGGUGUGAAUAGACAGCGGACAUGCCGCGUCAGAUGACAGCCAGCAGGGUCAGAUGAUCUCUCUUGCAAACUGGACUAAAAUAUCCUCAGAAGUUUCCAGCAGAACCAGACAUGGACACACAGCCUCACUUCUGCUUCCGGCUCUAAUGAUGCAACAACAGAAAAUUGAGGAGCUUUCUCCGAGCUGCAAUGGGAGUCUGUGAAGCUACAGAUUUAAGGCGCCUCCUUAGUACUCCUUCUCAGUCACAACACCAGCAGUAGUCAGUAGAGGAACCAUUAUCUGAAAUUAAUGUCAGCGGUGUUGCGGAGGCAGCCAGACGCUGCGCCGCCAGCUCUAACGCUACUCAUGGAGAUGUGGCCUCAACUUUUCCAACACUACCGCCGCCGCUGCUGAUGAUGCCAGCCCAGGGAACAGUGAUGCCUUCUAAGGUCUCCUGCUUGUACUUGCUGACGGUGGUAUGCUGGGCCAGCGCUCUGUGGUACCUGAGCGGCUCCCGCCCUUCCUCUUCCUACGUGGGCCAAGUUUCUAUCCCGAUGCGCAAGGCCCCCAAAGUGAGCAAGAACUCCACGUUCAGCAACAUCCGCACGCGCUCUCUCAACCCGCAUGACUUCGGCUACCUCAUCAACGAGGCCAAGAAGUGCGAGGCCGAGCCGCCUUUCCUCGUCAUCCUGAUCAGCACCACCCACAAGGAGUUCAACGCCCGCCAGGCCAUCAGGGAGACAUGGGGCGACGAGACAACGUUUCCGGAUGUGCGCGUGGUCACGCUCUUCCUACUGGGCCGGAGCAUAGACACUGUCCUCAACCAGAUGGUGGAGCAGGAGAGUCAGAUAUUUCAUGACAUAGUCGUGGAGGAUUUUAUUGACUCGUACCACAACCUGACGCUUAAAACGCUGAUGGGCAUGCGCUGGGUGGCCACAUUCUGCCCUAAGUCUCAAUACGUUCUCAAAACAGACAGCGACAUCUUUGUCAACAUGGAGAACCUCAUCUAUAACCUCCUUAAGCCCACCACCAAGCCAAGGCGGAGGUAUUUUACAGGCUAUGUCAUCAACGGUGGGCCAAUCAGAGACAUGCGCAGCAAGUGGUACAUGCCAAGGGAUCUCUACCCAGAAAGCAAAUACCCACCGUUCUGCUCUGGCACAGGAUACGUCUUCUCUGCAGACGUAGCUGAGCUCAUAUACAAGACCUCCUUACACACCAGGCUGCUGCAUCUGGAAGACGUGUACGUUGGCGUGUGCCUCCGCAAGUUAGGCAUCCACCCUUUCCAGAACAGCGGCUUCAACCACUGGAAGAUGGCGUACAGUCUCUGCCGCUACCGCCGGGUGGUCACCGUCCACCAGAUCUCCCCAGAAGAGAUGCACCGCAUCUGGAACGACAUGACCAGCAAGAAACACUUGAAAUGUUAGCAGACUGAUCCGUCCUCCAGAGAUGCUUUCAGGGGCUUUGUUCUGCUUUCCUGUGCAAGACCAAAGCAAACUCCUCUGGAUUAACCCGUUCACUCAAACUCCAAGGAGGGGCCGAGAGAGGAACGUGCAGAACCCUCCCGUGGAUACUUGUCCACGCCAGCAGUGGAAGGAUUUUUACAUGACAGGGAAGCAUAAACAUGUGUUUAAGCUUCUCAUUUAUACAAGACACAGACUGUCCCCAAUUAUCAGGAGUGCAGAUGAGAGAAAAGCUGACAGACGCUCUGCUCGGCUCAGUUGCAAGCUCUGAUUUUUGAAUGUUCCUCAUGUAUUUGUUGUAUUUUCUGAUCAAGGUGUUAUUCUGGAUAUCCGAUACUACAGCAGUCAUUGUGAGGACUAUUGUGGAUCUACAAUGUGAUGAGUUGAUGUUGAACGCAGUAGUGUUUAUGAGAGAACAUCAAUGUUUUGCACAGACGUUUUGUUUUUUUAAAAGAUUUAAAGAAUAUCAGAUCAGAGUGAAAACAUGGCUGCUAGCAUUCCCAGGUGAAUGUUAACCUCUGAUGUGUGCAGUGCAGUAUUUUGUCUCUAGCAGCGCUGUGAGCAGGCUGCAAACGGCGGCAUUUUCUAUUACUUGAACAAAGAGAGCAGGAGAAGUAUAUACUGAGAACAGAUCUUACUGUUUUUGAGUGCUUUUUCGUUCUUUUUCCAUUACUUGAGAUUAAAUAAACCUGUUUCAUACAA